AUAAUUUUCCCGCCAAAAAACAAAAGGCUGUUUUCCUCGAUUUUCUCACAAAAAAAGACCUUAAAAAUAAGCUUUGAGAACCUUUGAGACUAAGAUGAAGUAUUAUAGAGGUACUAGGAGGAGAAAAAGGUCUUCUAAGUCUAAGCUUUCGUCUCCUGAAAGCCAGAAUACCUCGAUUUCUACGGAAGGGAAUGAGGUUUCUAGAGACAAGACUACAACUAUCUCACAAGAAAAUGCAACAGGAAGGAAAAGACCAAGCUCCACUCUUCCCUUAACAGAGAAACAAAGUACAGGAAGGACUAAGAGAGCAAAAACAACCCACACAACACCUGAAGAAGAAUCAAACACGAAGAACAAAAACAGCAAAAUAAAUACCGAGAAACAUCCUGAUUCAUCUGAUGAAAAUGAGCCAAAAAUGUCCAGGGACRAAGAGAACACAGUUCGAAAUACCACUUCAAGAAGUAGGGGAAGCAGAAGAGAUGGUACUUCAGGGAAAAGAACAAAAUCAAAUGAAGUCAUUAAAUCUAACAAUACUUCAAGUGUAGCAGAAAAGACAAGAAAAACGUCAAGAAAAUCAAAUAAGAGUGCACAAAGGAACUCAAAGACAUCAAACAAAACAAAAUCAAAACCGAUUGAACCAAACUCCCCGACAUCUUCAGAAACAGAAGAAUCUGUUUUUGAAGACUACGAAGAGGAAAUUCAACAGACAAUUAGAAGCAAGGAAGUGCAAAGCAAUGUUGAUAUUUUCUCUGGCGAUGUUAAUUCUGAUGGAGCUGUAAUUUCUUACAGUGAAUUCUUGCAGCAGCAAGUGAGGAUCUUGAAGAGUGAAUUUGAAAUUGAGGAUUGUCCAGAAUUAGCUGCAAGUCUUCAAGGAACAAAACGACAGCAGCAAAAUCACAUUCCAAAAGAGAUUGUCCUCAAAGUACUGAGAAAAUUAAAUUUCAAGAUCGAGGAUGAGUUAUUAAAGAGUCUUAAUCGUCAAGCACAAAGAAAUAUACUGAAACAGGUUGAAGAAAUAAGAUCAAGCCAUGGUGUGACAGGAAAGAAGAGAUGCAAUGAAGAGUGCACUGGACAAGAACCUGAGGGAAAUGUGGAAAAACUGAGGAAAAAGUUGGAAAAGUCAACUGAAGAAUGUGAUGGUCUAAAGAAGUUAACUGACAUGGCUGCUGAUAUAGAAUCCAUGGUAGAGGGUUUCUCCACACAUCCUUUGGUAGAGGAAGUCAAGCGUACRAAUGAGCUUGUAAAAAAAAUAAACCAAAAAGUCAAGAAAGAAGCCAUUACCAACAGAUAUCAGGACACACUGACAACUAAAGGUCCACUGAGCCAUCAAGAAAUUGUCAACAAGCUUUUUUCGUGAUUUUUUCCUACAGAAUCUAUUAUUAAAUUCACUAGGAGAUAGACGAGGUUUUUUUGAGUGCACUUACACACCCUUCCUUCACAGAUAUGCCUUGUUUAUGACAUGGUUUUCCCCCCCAUUAUUUAAGAAAAAGGGUUUUGAGGCCACCAUGUAAGUAUUUGUAAGUAAAGUUUGGAAAUUAGAUUUCUUGUCAUGCUAAAAAGAUAUCAUUUUUCCUGCUUUACGAAAUACAAUACGCCCCUUAAUAUUAGAGAGCUCUAAAUAUAACAGAUAAACAGCAGAAAUGUCUGAAACUCCAGCUUAAUGCCACUCCAGCCAUUCCUCUUGACUGACCACAUCGACAGAUCAUGAUGUUGAUCAAUCUAAUGUGGUCAGCCAUAAUGUCCAGCCAUUGAGCAGCCAUUAUUUUUAGCUCUGUAUAUCUAGAAAAAUGUACAGUAUGAACUCUUUAUACUUAUCAAAGUACUUGACAAAAAAGAACAAAAGAAGAGAUAGCUAAAAACUAGUGUGAGCUGCAUCGGUGUUUCUAAUGAAACAAAAAAUAAAAGGGGAAAUUUGACACUGUGAAAAGAUAAAAAAACUUACUGACGUUUCGGAUGCUAGUCCUUCGUUGGAGUGAAAAAGAAAAAAGUUGUAAAUAGUUUCAGUGAAGCAAGUCUUGAAUUAUUUACACUAGAGUAUCUUAAAUAGAGUUUGAGCAAGUAACAAAGUUAGGUUUCUGUAGCAGGAAACCAGAAAAACUGAUGUGUCUUUGAAAAAAACACAUUUUGGAGUACAUACAUGUACAUACAUUUAAUAGACAUCUACCUGAAAUUCUA